AACCUCGCUGUCUCAGUGAAAGAGCAGAUCAUCAUUUCAGCGUUUGCUCUUUCUACGUCCUCAGCCAGUUUGACGCAAUGAUUGUGUGACUGCUAGUCGGCUAACCUUUUCUAGUGUCUAGAGGUGUCUGUAUUUUGGGUCUGACCAGCUGGGGAGUGCGUACUUUUGGGCUAAAAGCAAUCACAGUUGCUUCAACCAUGGCAGGGAUACUAGCAAGGUCGUUAUGGAGCAAAAAGGCACCCUUUCAGAUGGGUCGCAUGUGCUAUUCAUCAUCCGUGCCCACCACCAAGUUGUUCAUUGACGGCAAGUUUGUUGAGUCAAACACCUCAGAAUGGCUGGACAUUCACAACCCUGCUACCAAUGAAGUGGUGAGUCGUGUGCCCAAAGCCACCCACACGGAGAUGCUGGCUGCAGUAGACUCCUGCUCCAGGGCCUAUGCCUCCUGGUCCGACACUUCCAUCCUCACCCGCCAGCAGAUCUUCCUCCGAUACCAGCAGCUCAUCAAGGAAAACAUUAAAGAGCUGGCCAGGCUGAUCACCCUGGAGCAAGGCAAGACUCUAGCCGACGCGGAGGGAGACGUCUUCAGAGGACUGCAGGUGGCAGAGCACGCCUGCAGCAUCACCUCCCUGAUGAUGGGGGAGACCCUGCCCUCCAUCACCAAAGACAUGGAUACCUACACCUACCGCCUGCCCAUCGGGGUGUGUGCCGGCAUCGCCCCCUUCAACUUCCCUGCCAUGAUUCCUCUGUGGAUGUUCCCCAUGGGCAUGGUGUGUGGCAACACCUACCUGAUGAAGCCCUCCGAGCGAGUCCCAGGGUGCACCAUGCUGCUGGCCAAGCUGCUGCAGGAUGCAGGGUUGCCCGACGGGACCCUGAACAUCAUCCAUGGACAGCACGCUGCCGUGAAUUUCAUUUGUGACCACCCAGCCAUCAAGGCCAUCAGCUUUGUGGGCUCCAACCAGGCAGGAGAGUACAUCUACGAGAGAGGAUCCAAGAACGGCAAGAGAGUGCAGUCCAACAUGGGAGCUAAGAACCACGGUGUGGUGAUGCCUGAUGCCAACAAGGAGAACACUCUGAACCAGCUGGUGGGCGCGGCCUUCGGCGCAGCAGGACAGCGUUGUAUGGCUCUCUCAACUGCCAUUCUGGUAGGCGAAGCUCGUGAUUGGCUCCCAGAACUGGUGGAGCGCUCCAAAGCCCUGCGCGUCAAUGCAGGUGACCAGCCAGGUGCUGACGUGGGUCCACUGAUUUCCCCUGAGGCCAGGGCCCGUGUUGAGAUGUUGAUCCAGAGUGGUGUGGACGAGGGAGCUACGCUGCUGCUGGAUGGACGCAAUGUCCACGUCAAAGGAUACGAGAAUGGAAACUUCGUAGGACCCACUAUCAUCGGCAACGUUACGCCAGCGAUGAAGUGCUACACGGAGGAGAUUUUUGGGCCUGUACUGGUGGUUCUGGAGGCAGACACUCUGGACGAUGCCAUCUCCCUGGUCAACAACAACCAGUAUGGCAACGGAACUGCCAUCUUCACUACCAACGGCGCUACUGCCCGCAAGUACACACACGAGGUGGAUGUCGGACAGAUUGGAGUGAACGUGCCCAUCCCCGUGCCCCUGCCCAUGUUCUCCUUUACCGGCUCCAGGGGUUCCUUCAGGGGAGACACCAACUUCUAUGGCAAACAGGGCAUUCAGUUCUACACUCAGAUCAAGACGGUGACAUCACAGUGGAAGGCUGAGGAUGCCACGACUAAGGCUGCAGCAGUUACCAUGCCAACCAUGCGCUAAACUGAAUGUAAAUGUUGUGUUCUCUCCCUGGCACAACGUUCUACUGACUGACAUUCACAAGGGGUUAGCACCCAAGGGGUAUGGAUAACUGAUCAAAUCAAAUCAAAAUCAAAUCAAAUUUAUUUAUAUAGCCCUUCGUACAUCAGCUGAUAUCUCAAAGUGCUGUACAGAAACCCAGCCUAAAACCCCAAACAGCAAGCAAUGCAGGUGUAGAAGCACGAUAGCUGAUAGGACUUUACUGCAGUCCUGGAAUAUGUUUUAUACAGAGUGUACUACGUGAGCAAAGUUUUUAUAUUUUGGAGUUUGACCCUGUUAAUGAAAGUAAUGUUUCUUAUAGGGUGGUGGCAGAUUAGAUCUGAAAUGUACUGUUACUAUAGCCUCAAACCCUUCUGCUGCUCCUGGGAGUUCCAUGAGAACGAUGGACUUGGUGGAAUGCAAAGGGUGAGAGAAGGCCUCUGUUGCCCAUAGGCAAAGAUCUAGGAUCAGUACUCCCCUCGCAUCCUAACUAUAACCAUUAGGAGGGGAACAGCGGUACACUGACUGUAGAUAAGCAUCUAGAAGUGGCUUCACCCCAGUCCCACAGCCAUCAUGGUCCUUAGUGUCCCCAACCUGUGGAACAGAGACACUGUCAAAGUGUUAGUAUUUGUGUGAGUGCAUUCUAAAAAUCCAAUUUGUAACAUUAGUGAGCGGUGUUUCUGUUUUACAUGGAAUAAAGAUAUCCAUUGAA